AUGGCUUCAAAGUUCCUACGAGAAUACAAGCUGGUGGUUGUCGGUGGUGGUGGUGUCGGAAAGUCGUGUUUGACAAUCCAGUUGAUCCAGAGCCAUUUCGUGGAUGAAUACGAUCCGACAAUUGAAGAUUCCUACCGCAAGCAGUGUGUCAUUGACGAUGAGGUCGCUCUUCUGGAUGUCCUGGACACAGCAGGUCAGGAGGAGUACUCGGCGAUGCGGGAACAGUACAUGCGGACCGGCGAGGGCUUCCUGCUCAUCUACUCCAUAACAUCGCGCCAAUCCUUCGAAGAAAUUAUGACCUUCCAACAGCAGAUCCUUCGCGUCAAGGACAAGGAUUAUUUCCCCAUCAUUGUCGUCGGCAACAAGUGUGAUUUGGAAAAGGAUCGCGUAGUCUCGCAGCAAGAGGGUGAGGCUCUGGCCCGUCAGUUCGGUUGCAAGUUCAUCGAGACUUCCGCCAAGUCCCGCAUUCACGUCGAAGACGCCUUCUACGACCUCGUCCGCGAGAUCCGCCGUUACAACAAGGAGAUGUCAUCCUAUCCCUCCGGCUCCGGUGCCUACGGAGCCCGCGCACCAGAGGGAAAGAUGGACGUGGCUGAGCCCGAUGAGAGCGCCGGUUGCUGCAGCAAGUGCGUCAUCAUGUAA